CUCAUAGGCCUCCGCACGGGGCAUAUAGCUCUCAACAAGCAUCUUCACCGUCUAAAUAAGUCCCCAUCGCAAUUUUGCCCCCAUUGCCCUAGAUCUACCGAAACCGUCCACCAUUUCAUCCUAGUCUGUCGCAAAUACAGAGUUGAACGCCAUACAUUAGCCGUCGCGUUGGGAAGACAAUCUACAUCCCUUUCAUACCUCCUUGCAAACAAGGAGGCGCUACCACACCUGCUACAGUUCAUAAACAGUACGAAACGACUAAUAUCAAUUUACGGUGAAGUU